AGUGUCAGGGCAACACCUAAAAAUCAGGGAGGCAGUGGAUGAGGGAGCGGGGCUCGCCGUAAGAUGGGCGUACUGUAACACUAACUCACAAGCUAGUUAAAUCACUUUCUCUAUAAACACUAUAGAAACGCGUCCAACAGCAUCUUUAACUCUGUCAAGCACCGCCAGACCAGCAGCAUGUCGAGGGCAACGCUGCAGCCGAGCCAGCAAAAGCUGGCGGAGAAAAUGACCAUCUUAAACGACCGGGGAAUCGGGAUGCUCACCCGCAUCUAUAAUAUCAAAAAGCAAGGACAAGUUUGGAAGGCAUGUGGGGACCCAAAAGCUAAGCCCUCAUACCUAAUCGACAAAAAUCUGGAGUCAGCCGUGAAGUUUAUCGUCCGGAAAUUUCCAGCCGUGGAAACUCGCAACAACAACCAACAGCUGGCCCAGUUGCAGAAGGAGAAGUCGGAGAUCCUGAAGAACCUGGCCCUGUACUACUUCACCUUCGUGGAUGUGAUGGAGUUUAAGGACCAUGUUUGUGAGCUGCUGAACACUAUCGAUGCCUGCCAGGUUUUCUUUGACAUUACUGUAAAUUUCGAUCUCACAAAGAAUUACCUGGACCUGGUCCUUACCUACACUACUCUGAUGAUUAUGCUGUCUCGCAUUGAGGAGCGAAAGGCAAUCAUCGGCCUCUACAACUACGCUCACGAAAUGACACACGGGUCAAGUGACAGGGAGUACCCCAGGCUGGGUCAGAUGAUCGUGGACUAUGAGAACCCCAUGAAGAAGAUGAUGGAAGAGUUUGUUCCUCAUGGAAAGUCCCUGUCGGACGCACUGCUCUCGCUGCAGAUGGUGUACCCACGACGCAACCUGUCAGCUGACCAGUGGAGGAACGCCCAGCUAUUGAGUCUGAUCAGCGCACCCAGCACAAUGCUGAACCCCGCUCAGUCUGAUACUGUGAGACACACACCUACACAUACAGACAGCACAAUACUCAACCCCGCUCAGUCUGAUACUAUGCCUUGUGAGUACCUGUCUCUGGACACCAUGGAAAAGUGGAUUGUGUUGGGCUUCAUACUGUGCCACGCGGUCCUGAACUCUGACCCCGCGGCCCUCAGCCUGUGGAAGCUGGCCCUUCAGAGCGGCUCCUGCCUGUGUCUGUUCAGAGACGAGGUCUUCCACACCCACAAGUCUGCCGAGGACCUGUUCGUCAACAUCCGCGGGUACAACAAGCGUGUCAACGACAUCAGAGAGUGCAAAGAAUCGGCCUUAUCCCAAGCGGGCUCUAUGCACAGAGAGAGGCGGAAGUUCCUGAGGUCGGCUCUGAAGGAGCUGGCCACAGUCCUUGCUGAUCAGCCAGGUCUACUGGGACCAAAGGCUCUGUUUGUGUUCAUGGCCCUGUCCUUCGCCCGGGAUGAGAUCAUUUGGCUGCUGAGACAUGCAGACAACAUCCAGAAGAAGAGCACGGAUGACUUCAUAGACAAGCACAUCGCAGAGCUCAUAUUCUACAUGGAGGAGCUGCGGGCUCACGUGCGGAAGUACGGUCCAGUGAUGCAGAGGUACUACGUGCAGUACCUGUCCGGGUUCGACGCCGUGGUUCUGAACGAAAUGGUGCAGAACUUGUCCGUCUGCCCUGAAGACGAGUCUGUCAUCAUGUCUUCCUUCGUGAACACCAUGACCUCUCUCAGUGUAAAGCAAGUGGAAGACGGGGAUGUGUUUGAUUUCAGAGGGAUGAGGCUGGACUGGUUCAGACUGCAGGCCUACACCAGCGUAUCCAAGGCAUCUUUGGGUAUCGCUGAUCACCGGGAGUUGGGCAAGAUGAUGAACACCAUCAUUUUCCACACCAAAAUGGUGGAUUCCCUCGUGGAGAUGCUGGUGGAAACCUCAGACCUCUCUAUAUUCUGCUUUUACAGCCGCGCGUUUGAGAAGAUGUUCCAGCAGUGCCUGGAGCUCCCAUCCCAGUCCCGGCACUCCAUCUCCUUCCCCCUGCUCAGCACCCAUUUCAUGAGCUGCACCCACGAGCUCUGUCCCGAGGAGCGGCACCACAUUGGCGACCGCAGCCUCUCCCUCUGUAACAUGUUCCUUGACGAAAUGGCCAAGCAAGCGCGCAACCUGAUCACCGACAUCUGCACAGAGCAGUGCACUCUGAGUGACCAGCUGCUGCCAAAACACUGUGCAAAAACCAUCAGCCAGGCCGUGAACAAGAAGUCCAAAAAGCAGACUGGGAAGAAGGGGGAACCAGAACGUGAGAAGCCGGGGGUGGAGAGCAUGAGGAAGAACCGGCUCCUGGUCACCAACUUGGACAAGCUGCACACGGCGCUGUCGGAGCUCUGCUUCUCCAUCAACUACGUGCCCAACAUGGUGGUCUGGGACCACACCUUCACCCCACGGGAAUACCUGACCUCCCACCUGGAGAUCCGCUUCACCAAGUCCAUCGUAGGGAUGACCAUGUACAACCAGGCCACGCAGGAGAUCGCCAAGCCCUCUGAGCUUCUGACCAGUGUUCGGGCCUACAUGACUGUGCUGCAGUCCAUCGAGAACUACGUGCAGAUCGACAUCACCAGGGUUUUCAACAACGUGCUCCUGCAGCAGACCCAGCACCUGGACAGCCAUGGGGAGCCCACCAUCACCAGCCUCUACACUAACUGGUACCUGGAGACACUACUGAGGCAGGUGAGCAAUGGCCACAUUGCGUAUUUCCCGGCCAUGAAGGCAUUCGUGAACCUGCCCACAGAGAACGAGCUGACCUUCAACGCUGAGGAGUACUCAGACAUAUCUGAGAUGAGGUCGCUAUCCGAGCUGUUGGGGCCCUAUGGAAUGAAGUUCCUCAGUGAGAGUUUGAUGUGGCAUAUCUCCUCCCAAGUGGCUGAGCUCAAGAAACUGGUGGUGGACAACGUGGACGUUCUGACCCAAAUGAGGACCAGCUUCGACAAGCCAGAGCAGAUGGCAGCUCUGUUCAAGAAGCUCACGUCGGUUGACAGUGUGCUGAAGCGGAUGACCAUCAUCGGAGUCAUCCUCUCAUUCCGCUCCCUGGCCCAGGAAGCACUCAGAGAUGUGCUCUCCUGCCACAUCCCCUUCCUGGUGAGCUCAGUGGAGGACUUCAAAGACCACAUUCCCCGGGAAACUGACAUGAAGGUGGCGAUGAACGUGUACGAGCUCUCCUCAGCAGCCGGAUUGCCCUGCGAAAUCGACCCAGCCCUGGUGGUGGCGCUCUCGUCACAGAAGUCCGAGAACAUCAGCCCAGAGGAGGAGUAUAAGAUAGCCUGCCUCCUGAUGGUCUUCGUGGCCGUUUCCAUGCCAACGCUGGCCAGCAACGUCAUGUCUCAGUACAGCCCUGCCAUUGAAGGGCACUGCAACAACAUCCAUUGUCUGGCGAAGGCUGUGAACCAGAUCGCCGCGGCCCUGUUUACCAUACAUAAAGGCAGCAUUGAAGAUCGGCUGAAAGAGUUCCUGGCUCUGGCCUCCUCCAGCCUGCUGAAGAUCGGCCAGGAGACGGAUAAAACCACCACACGCAACAGGGAGUCCGUGUACCUGCUCCUGGACAUGAUUGUGCAGGAGUCCCCCUUCCUCACCAUGGACCUGCUGGAGUCCUGCUUCCCCUACGUCCUCUUGAGGAACGCCUACCACGCCGUCUACAAACAGAGCAUUGCGUCUUCGGCGUAAACGCUCUUCCUCAGUGUCCGAGUCUCCGGGGCAACGCCGCCACGAGGGGAACCCGGCCGUCACUGUGCUCGUGUCUCACAUCAGGUGUGUCAGACUCCAGUCCUGCAGGGGGUGCUGUGUCUGCAGGUUUCACUCCAGACCUGGAGGGCUGCAGUGUCUGCAGGUUUAACUCCAGUCCUGGAGGACCACUGUCUGCAGGUUUCACUCCAGACCUGGAGGGCUGCAGUGUCUGCAGGUUUAACUCCAGUCCUGGAGGACCACUGUCUGCAGGUUUCAUUCCAGUCCUGGAGGGCCGCAGUGUCUGCAGGUUUCACUCCAGACUUGGAGGGCUGCAGUGUCUGCAGGUUUAACUCCAGUCCUGGAGGGCCGCAGUGUCUGCAGGUUUAACUCCAGUCCUGGAGAGCCGCAGUGUCUGCAGGUUUAACUCCAGUCCUGGAGAGCCGCAGUGUCUGCAGGUUCAACUCCAGUCCUGUAGGACUGCAGUGUCUGCAGGUUUAACUCCAGCCCUGGAGGGCCGCAGUGUCUGCAGGUUUAACUCCAGUCUUGGAGGACUGCAGUGUCAGCAGGUUUAACUCCAGUCCUGGAGGGCCGCAGUGUCUGGGGAACUGGAGUCUGACACCCCCAAACCCUGUUUUACAUGAUAGUCUUAAGAAUAAAAUAUGAAUUUUGUGGGAUCAAAACAUUUUUUCAUAAAAUUGUAUUAAUGACCAGUCCUUUCCAGAUAUUUCAACUACCAAUAAGCUUGGUUGAGGAAAGAUAGUUAUACUAAACUGCAUUUUUUGAAAAGCAUCAGUGCUUUCAAUGGAAAAAAAGACAUUAAAAGAAACUAAGUUGUUAAAAGGCAAAGGGAUUGACUGAAGUAUUUUCAUUCAUGCUGAAUUUGUUGCUUGUUUAUUGACGAAUACAUCCAUCAAUAGUUUGCCGUCAUUAUUUUUAGAUGGUCUAGAUUUCAUCUGUGGAUUUUAUUGUGGAUUUUUUGUGGGUUUGCAAUUUUUUUACACAUUAUUUGUUAUUUUUAAAUAUUUUCCAAACUAUUGACACAAGAGCAUCUAAUUUGGUUUGGAUCUGAACAGAGUUGUUGGUAACUACAUAAUAUAUAAAACGGAUGGUGUUGUUUGUACAAAGCAUAGUCUAAUUUUUUUAAACUAACGCUCAUGAUGCACUAUUGGCAUUAACAUCCACAUUGUACCUGUCUGUGUGGUAUAAUAAACAUUCUUCAUAUUUAUUCAAUGUUUAUAAACUGUUCGCCCUUAACCACUUUUUAUAUGUUUUAAAAUUUUGGAAAUUCUUGUGUAAUCUUCCAUAACAUAAAUAAACAAGAUUAUAUCCUG